GUUUUUCCAACUGUGAAAAGCGAAAAGCGAAAAGCGAAGCACAUGCACGAUUUCUUGUGAUUUCUUGAUUCAUCUGAUUCUAUUCUCAUCUUCUCCUCCGAACUUGAGCACCAAUCCCGAUUCUAUCUACGCUCAGCCCAGCACGACAGAGCCAUAAUAUGAAACACACAUUAUGAAUUCACGGGCAGUAUGUGGUGGCACUUACGCUUUUCGCAAUUGUCCAAGUCUAGGUCCGAGGCUGCACCUCAGCGCAAGCUUGCUUAGCAGCGCUGGCCUCGUAACCACAACAAAGGCACCACUACUACUACUACUACCAAAAAGCUUCCCGUCUAUUUGGGGGAGAUCAUCGCAUUUUCUCAGAAAUUCGCCGUCGAAUAGUCAACAUGUGACUUCGAAUAAGGCGAAGCAUUACGUGCUAGCUCGGACUUGGCCCGGGGACCGUGUGAGUGAACGGACCUGCUCUUCACAGCCAAGCGCAACUUUAAGAUGCGCUUCUAGAGCUACCGUCUGGCUUAGGCCGGGCGAUACGAGAUGCUUCUCGCAGACCAACAGAUUUCUUAGGGAGCAGGAUGAGACUAAGAGUAAGGAUGAAAAAUCAUCAUCUCACCCACCAUCAGCACAACCACCGGCUCCAGAGCUAAGAGGGAUACGGAAAGUAAUCCCUAAGGUUUUGCCGGCCUUGACGCAGCAUGAGAAUAUCUAUACAGUGCCAAACAUACUCACAUUCUCACGCCUCAUUGCUGCCCCUUUCGUAGGCUACGCUAUCCUCCACGAUGCCCACGCCUGGGCGCUUGGUCUAUACGUCUACGCUGGCGUGUCAGAUCUGCUCGAUGGCUGGAUCGCUCGUCAGUGGAAGCUGCAGACGGUGGUUGGCAGCAUAGUCGAUCCGAUGGCUGACAAGACGCUUAUGACAGUCUUGACUGUUUGUCUAGCGUGUAAAGGCGCGCUACCUGUUUGGCUAGCUGUCAUCAUCCUCGGCCGUGACAUUGGCCUAGGCAUUGCUGCCAUCUACUACCGGUGGAUAUCUCUACCGCCGCCUAAGACCUUCACGCGCUACUGGGACUUUUCCUUGCCGUCGGCGGAGGUACGGCCUACGACCAUCAGCAAGUACAACACGUUCUUGCAGCUGGGGCUCAUGGGCGCUACGAUGGUAACGCCGUUUUUAAGCGCGGAUGUCGCGGUCGCUAUGACUGCUUUUCAGUACCUGGUCGCAGCCACGACGGUAUGGAGUGGUCUAAGCUACGUAUUUAGCAAGGACGCAGUCAGAAUCUUAUCCGAGAGUAAGACGAAGCCUAAGGGUCGGUAGUGUUGUGUCAGCAUUGCUCACAUACCACCACAACUACGGCUAUGGCUACUGCGCGUGCCAUCCACGAUAUACACGUGGCCACCUACCUACCUAGGUUCCUAGCUAGGUGCUUAUUUGGUCAAGUAAGUAUGAUGGGAAUGUCUAGCACCGAGUGAUCUAGAAGCUAUGAGGGCGCUAUAUAGAAAUAAUGCGGAUGCGGAAGUCUAUGUUAGACUUUAUCUCCUCAUCUUACCAGACCUCCUGAUGUACACUAUUGACUAUUGACACUACAAUACACUACCUAAGUGCUUACAUACAUA